CACACACACACCGGUAUUCAUUCAUUCCCACGCUACCAUUCCCAUUUCCGGCCAUCAGCUAUGAGGUUUUCUGCUGCCUUCCAGUGCGCCUCGCUCCGGUUCCCGCUCGUCCCGGGCUCCGCGGGUAGCAGCAGCAGAAGUGUCCGAGGUCUGACUAUCCAGAGGACCAGCCAGCAUGCGCCCCAGAGCCCGGGUCAUCUUGCUCUGGCGACUCAGCGAAACGUCCUCGUGCGUAAUGGCAGUAGUAGCAGCAGCACCGGUGGCGCGUGGCGCGGGACAUCUGAGACCGCCGUAAAGUUCCGGAAAGGAGACCGGGAAGGAGCCCCGGUGCAGCACGCCACCAGGGAGGUACUUCAGACUAGCAGACAGGAGCUGACUCAGCUCUGCCAAGAGAAGGCCACAAUCAAACCUCUACUCGCCAUCAUACAGGCCUGUGAGGAUGAGCACCUCCUGCAGAUUAACAAGAAAAUGGCAGCCGAGGUGGGGUUGAGCAUUAUGGAGAUCAGUCUGCCGACAUCCUGCACAGAAGAUGAGCUCCUGGAGGAGGUGUUGCGUGUGAAUGAGGAGUCCACAGUCCAUGCCGUCUAUCUUCACAUCCCCCCUUCCUCUUCCUCCCCUCGACUCCUCAAUGCCCUGGGCCCCGACAAAGAUAUAGACGGGCUGUGUGCUGUGAGUGUUGGUGGUUUAAUAGCAGGAGACUCCAGUGGCAGCUUUGCUCCUCCGCAGGCCAGAGCGAUCAUGGACCUACUCACUCGACACGAGGGCUGCCUGCAGGGUAAGAGUGCACUACUGCUGGGCGGUGAGGAUCGAGGACCCCUUGAGGUGGCCCUGUUAUGCCUGAUGAAAAACGCUGGGAUGGCCGUACUCAGAUGCCCACCGGGACUCACACCUACACACACACAGUGUGCUCAGGCAGAUGUGGUGAUCUAUCUGGGGGGGUCCCCCUCCCACUCUACCCCUCUCCUUCCCUCGCACAGUCUCAAGUCUGGAGCUACCCUCAUCUCCUGCAGUAUGGACCAGCCAGAAUGCUUUGCUGGAGUAGGGGAUGCGGCUGUGAUUUCAGGAACUGAAGUGGCUCAUCUGACUGCUGCCCACAGGAUGCAGAAUGCGGUGCAGAGCGUAAGGAUGUGGGCGGAGCGUCGACGUUAUCAACCCUGGAAACUCCACCCCCUGAAAUUACAGCCACUCUCACCUGUGCCCAGCGACAUCAAUAUCUCUCGAUCCCAGUGCCCUAAGCCCAUUGGUCGGUUGGCUGGGGAGAUUGGUCUAUUAGAGGAGGAGUUGGAACUUUAUGGGCGGAGCAAAGCCAAGGUUCAGCUGUCCGUCUUACAGCGGCUACAGGAAGCACCAGACGGAAAAUACGUCAUCGUGGCAGGUAUAACCCCCACUCCUCUUGGUGAGGGGAAGAGUACAGUGACAUUGGGUCUUGUCCAGGCUCUCUCUGCUCAUCUGGGUCUAAACUCCUUCGCUUGCCUCCGACAACCGUCACAAGGGCCCACAUUUGGAGUUAAGGGUGGAGCUGCAGGAGGAGGAUAUGCCCAAGUCAUCCCAAUGGAAGAGUUUAAUCUCCAUCUGACAGGUGAUAUCCACGCCAUCACAGCAGCCAAUAAUCUUCUAGCUGCCGCCAUCGACGCCCGGAUACUGCACGAGGCCAGCCAAUCAGAUAAGGCUCUGUAUAAACGUUUGGUUCCAAGUGUGAACGGAGUCAGAAGAUUCUCCCCCAUCCAGCUGGAUCGCCUGAAGCGGUUGGGUGUCUCCCAGUCUGAUCCUGAUGCGUUGAGUCCAGAUGACGUCAGCAGAUUUGUACGACUCGACAUCGACCCUGAUAAGGUCACCUGGCAGAGAGUGGUGGACACUAACGAUCGUUUCCUGCGGAAGAUCACAAUCGGCCAAUCAGCAACAGAGAAGGGACACGAAAGACAGGCCCAGUUUGACAUUGCGGUCUCCAGUGAGAUCAUGGCCAUCUUGGCGCUGGCUGAUGACAUCACCGACAUGCGACGGCGUCUCGGCCGCAUGGUGGUGGCAACGAGUAGACACGGCACACCCGUCACCGCUGACGACCUGGGCGUGAGUGGAGCCCUUGCAGUCCUAAUGAAAGAUGCCAUCAAGCCCACACUCAUGCAGACGCUAGAGGGUAGUCCAGUGUUUGUGCAUGCGGGGCCGUUUGCCAACAUCGCCCACGGCAACUCAUCGGUGAUCGCUGACAGGCUGGCACUCAAACUAGUGGGAGAGGAGGGUUACGUAGUAACUGAGGCUGGUUUUGGGGCGGAUAUCGGCAUGGAGAAGUUCUUCAACAUCAAGUGUCGCUCCUCUGGACUCCGCCCAAAUGUGUGUGUUCUCGUGGCAACCGUCCGGGCUCUCAAAAUGCACGGAGGCGGACCUCACGUGUCAGCAGGAGUUCCCCUCCCUAAGGAAUACACAGAGGAGAAUCUGGGCUUGGUAGCAGCUGGUUGCAGUAAUAUUCGUAAGCAGAUUGAGAUUGCUCAGAUGUUUGGAGUUCCAGUGGUGGUCGCUCUCAACGUAUUCAAGACAGAUUCAGAGGCGGAGCUUGAUCUCGUGUGUUCUAUUGCAAAGGAUGCUGGAGCAGUGGCCGCCGUGCCCUGCCGCCAUUGGUCACUUGGUGGGCGGGGCUCCAUAGAACUGGCCAAUGCCGUGAAAGCUGCCACCCAGACAGAGAACAACUUCAAAUAUCUUUACGAUCUGCAGAUGCCCAUCGUUGAGAAGAUCCGGACUAUCGCCCAGAGAGUGUAUGGAGCCAAUGACAUCACACUGUCACCUGAAGCACAGGAGAAGAUAAACUACUACACUCAACAGGGUUUUGACUCGUUGCCUGUCUGCAUGGCCAAGACUCACCUGUCCCUCUCCCACCUGCCGGAGCUGAAGGGCGUUCCCACCGGCUUCACUCUCCCAAUCAGAGACGUGCGUGCCAGCAUAGGGGCGGGCUUUAUCUACCCCCUGGUCGGAACGAUGAGCACCAUGCCUGGCCUGCCCACCCGCCCCUGUUUCUAUGACAUCGACCUUGACCCAGUUACCAUGGAGAUACAAGGCCUCUUCUGAGCACGCCCAGUACGCGCUGACGGCUGACAUGGAAACGGAAUACAGAGUCAGAGAAAUCUGUGUCCCCAGAUCAACGCGUUACCGCAACAACUGUGUCAACUGUCACCUCUUCAGUCCCCAUGACAAUCGUGUGUCAUCAUGACAACCAUGUGGUACCAGCACAGGACAAUGUCACCAUGGCAACCAUGUCACAUGACAAGACAUCACCAUGACAACCACGUCACUUCCAUGUCACAUGACAAGGCACUAUCACCAUGACAACCCCAUCAUUUCCAUGUCACAUGACUAGAUAAUAUGGCAACCACAUCACUACAUCCCAUGGACCAUAAGACCACACUUUAGCAAGACCUCUACAGAAAUACAUUAACACACACACACACACACACUCACACAUACA